AUGUCAUCUAGUAUCUGGAACGCCUUACUAGAGGCUCACAGAGAGCCACAGACAAAAUUAAAUGCGGAUUUGACGCUAGUUUUGUCGGCAGAAUCGCAGCCUGCCCUGCAGGACUUCCUAGUGCGAGUAUUACAAGUUGAAGAUGAGAAGUCCAGUUUGGCUUCGAUUGGUUACUUUCACAAAGAACUGUCAUUUUUACGUGGUGAUAUCGCUGAAGAGCUAGUCGUUCACAUUUACACGGUUGCUUGGCCCCUGACUGCUACUGUGGUAGACUUGUUGUCGAUUUUUGUAAAUUCCGAAAUCAGCGGCGUUCGGUGGGUGUUCCUGCUUGAUUGGCUAGAAGGGAAUCAUAAAAGUUGGCUGCGUGGUUUGUGUGAAAGCUUCGAGCUGCUGAGGCACAAGCUUGGCCGGAAUUUAGAAGAGUUAGAUUUUUGCUCGGUUGUUGGCUUGCAUGCUCAAAACUGCACAAAUAUGGAAUUGACCUCUCCUCAUUGGAAUUCACUGAAGAUGGAAUUCAUGAAUCAGACCUUAAGAUCUUUUGCGCUCAUAAAACAUGCUUCGUUAUUGUCGCUAGAAGAGGAAACGCCCGCAGAACGCUUGCUUGAAGUCUGCAAAAUAGUAUUGGGCCAGGAGUCUAGUCAAGAACCUGAGUACAUCACUAUGAGCAAGCUGUUCGUACCACAAGGCUCGGAUAGUGCUCGUAAAAUCAAGACUAUGGGUGAAGAAUUUCCUGUCACGCAGAUCGAACAAGAGACGUUCAUAGGUGGUCAGUUCGAACGUAUUAUACCUGGCGAAAUGAUGACCCCCAGUACCGAUCUACUCAGUGAAGAAGAGCCUGUUAUUAACCUCAAAGAGGUGGACGUCCAAAAGGAAUUGGCUGACGUUUACAAGUUACAAAAGUCAUCGCUUCUGAGUUCUGUUGCCGCACACAACGCAACAAUCGACAUCCCCAAUGCUGAAAAGGCUCACGAGCAUAAUAUUAGUAUUGAGCCAUGA